UGAGGGAAGGAAGCUGAAAUACAGAUGCAUUGAGAGGGGAGAAGAAGGACAGAUGUUGUGGUGGAAGUGAGAGGUGGUGCUCAAACUUAAAGGUUGUACAAGACAGUGAUAUUGUUAUAAGGAUAUUAUCUACCUACUCGAUUAGAAAUGACUGGGAGCUGUUUGGAUUGAUUGAAAGAAAGGAUUGAUACCCAAUACGUGUCGGGCGGCUGGCUUUUCCUCACCUGGCACCUACCGAAGAGCACGAACGGGGCCAUGAGAAAGCUCAUGGGAUCCUUCAAGACCACCGCACUUACCUCAGACACCAUCUAAAGGCCAGCAAGGACGGAAGAAGUGUCCUCUUGAGCCCGGCCUCAAACAAAGACUUACGUCACUCUUUCUGCAAUAGGCAACCAAGGGUUGAGGGAGAGAAAGGUUGCCAGGACCUCCCCUCUGUCCUGGACUCCCCGUGGCUAGAAGCAACCAGCCAAGGCCUCUAGCAUCGCACCAGUAGAUCAAUAGAGGCUCCCUCAUUCUCCUUCCCGCUCCUGUGUUCCUGAGCAACGUUCCUGUUCCCACCCUGGAACUCAUGGAUGGUUUGGCUGGCUCCUCAUGGCACUUGGCUAUUAGAGAGGGUCUCAAGGCUUCGUAAGCGAGGCGAUUCUGAGUCGGGAGGAACUUGGUCCGCAGUGAUCCGCGAGAUCUUUUAGUCUUGAAUCGACAACGAGAACAAUGAGGUCCACACUUUUUUCGUCUUCAUGCUCGGCCGCCGUUGUUUUGUGCUCAUGUUUGGUGAUCCUUCAGCAAGGAGGAAAUGGAGUUCACGCUUGGGGAGGACUCUUCAACAGAUACAACCCAUCUAUGCUCAGUAAUCUCGGCUAUGGAAGCAGCUACGGCAGCAAGUUGUACGGUGUCCAAGACAAAGGCAGGGAUAUUCCCAGCUUAGUGGAAGAGGUCCUGGAAGACGAAGCUGAUGAAGAGGAUGACCCUUGCGUUGGAAAGAAAUGCACAGCCAACGAACAUUGUUGCGACGGAGAUGUUUGUGUGGACACGGAGGAUAAUCCCAACUCAGGCAAUUUUGGUACCUGCUUGCCCAUUUUUGGAAAGAAACAAGGUGAGCCAUGCUACGACGAUAAGGAAUGCGAGACCGGAUUCAUGUGCUCCACUGGGAGACACGGCGAACGAACUUGCGAAUCCCCUGUGCCUGGAACACGUGGAUUAGGCGAGGAUUGUGGAACCAGCAGUGAUUGCAAUAUCAGAAAGGGACUUUGCUGCAAGCUUCAGCGAAGAGCCAAGAGCCAGCCCAAAAAGAUCUGCACCUACUUCACCGACCCGAAUGUCUGCAUUGGCCCGGUCGCUACAUCACAGGUUCGAUCCACAAUGGAACACACAGCCGGUGAAAAGCGAAUUAGUGGCCACCCUGACUUCCACCAUUUGAAGUAAACGGGACAUCUCAAAUAAGAUGGACGUCAAGUGCCGCAGAGGCUCCGAUCCAUCUCGCUUAACUCACUCUCUAGAACGUUUGUCUUAGACAUCAUCCCACGUGACAGUCAUUAUUAUUGCCAUUAUCACUUUUACCAAUACUAACACUACCACUACUCUUUAUGGUACUAUUCCUACAAUUAAUAACAGUACAAUGCACUAUUGGUUGUCUCAUAAAAACCAGUUUCUGUUGUAAGAGUUAUUUUUACAAGAUCUUUGAAAUGUGACAGGCUCUGCAGUUGAUCGGUUUCUUCGGACCUCACCGAGAACAAGAUGUGUCCUGUAGCCCCCUAAAACACCAUCUUUCAAGUACAAAAAUUCCAAUGAUAACAGCAAAUUGAACAUCUUAACACCUAACUGAUGAUUAUUGGAUGCCAAGUGAUUUUUCCCCAAGCAACCGAAAUAUUGUGGGAUUUUUCACACCUUUUCGCCUCUUUGGUGGACAUGUCUCCUUAACAUAUCAAAAAAUAGAUUGCAACCUUAAACCACCUACAGUUUUGGUCAAGAAAUUAACUCACUGAUUAACAGUAAACGACACUUCCAAGCUUGAAAUUUAAGGGACCCCAGUUGCAUGUCCAUCAUUGAGAAAGAGGUCCGUGUCCUUAUCCAUAGCUUUAGCGUGGCAUCAUUGUUGAUCUCCCAGAAGAUCAACAGGAACUAGCAAAGAGGCUUCUCGAAAAUGUAUAGUCUCCCCCAUCAAGUUACUAUAUGCAUCGCAUAAUGACGCUUCAAGUACUCUACUCUCACUAUCGGACCUAUCAUUGUUAAAGUAUCCAAUCCUCCUCCCCCCUCGAAUCCAUGUUGCUUGUUCAAACCUGAGAACAAAAGAUCCAAAUUGUUAGAAGAUGACGCAUUUCCAAUUAGUCACUUCAUGCUUUUAUCCAUGUUCUCAAAGAGGAAAUACAAUUGGCAUAUUGGUUUACAAA